CUGCUUCACUUUGGACCCCAAAAGUUUUUGUAUUAUUUAGCUGCACUCUUAUACCAUAUAUCUAACUUUACAGUACUGGUUUGAGUGUUUAGCAGGAUUAAAAUGACCUAAAGGCAUAUCAAGAUGACUAGGAUAGUCUGUUGAGCUGCAAGUUGUAACAUCUCGAUCGGACAAUUGUCCUCACGGAAACAACAUGAGUUUUCUAGCGCGCUUUGUUCUCACGCAUGCAUCUUGUUGUUAUAGGUAGUACCUAUCAAAUCUUAUAAGUCAUCUUAAGCUGUAUAGUCUCAUACCUAUACAACCUCGGAAUACCUCUUAUUCUGGUACAUGAUUGGUUCAAUAUGUGUCUCUUCGUCUAGAAGCUUUUCCAGAAACCGCUCCUUGUCUGUGUCUUCUCAUUGCACCAACGAUGACUCUCUGCCCUCGGAUGUCACAUCCUGCAUUCCUGCUACUAUUUUUUCCCUUUUUACUAUCAAUUUUCUCCAAAUCCAAGACCAAUCCUGCCUAACCAGCUGAUCUCCUCACAGUAACUUUACCCAGUUAAACUACAAGAAUAUGCCUUUCUUCCCUUGCUUGGUGCUCAGACUGACCUUCCUUGCUGCCACUCAGUAAUUUCCAAGCCAUGUCUAUCCCUCUACUGAUUCUCAACUUUGUCUUCAAGUAUAGAGCCAACACCUUCAUAAUUGACUAAGUCAAAACCUCAAGUUCCAUGUUCCCACCAGAAUCCUUGGCAUUCAAGGAAUAUUAAUUACCCUUUUUAUUGACUUCCUCUCCUCUAAGUAUACGAUACUGAUGCAUCCUAUUCAUAUACAAAUUUUCCAAUAUCAACAAAAGAUAUUGCAGCAAAAUGCAUUGCCCUCCAUCUAUUCCUCAAGCACUUGCAACAAUUUGGCUAUUCUUUUAUUUACUCAUCUCCUCUGUUCUCGUUAAUGGUAACCGAGAUGAGGCUACGGCUGCAAACAACAAAGUUAUAUCUAUUGGGGCUAUCAUUCAUACUAACUCUCGUAUUGGGAAAGAACAGCAAGUAGCCAUGGACAUUGCAGCUCAGAGUUACAAUAUCACUUCAAAGAACUACAAGCUAGCUCUCUAUUUUCAAAACUCCACCAAGGAUCCCUUCAGAGCCACCACUUUUGCUGAAGAAUUGCAAAAGAUGCAAGUGAUUAUAGGGAUGCACACAUGGCCAGAAGCAGCUCUAAUGGCUGAAAUAGGAAACCAAGCUCAAGUUCCUACCAUAUCCUUCGUGGAACCUGCCAUUACCCCGCCGCUGAUGACAGUUCGAUGGCCUUAUUUGGUGAGACUGGCUAACAAUGGCACAGCAUUUGUGAAAUGCAUAGCAAGUAUAGUGCAAGCUCAUAGCUGGCAGAAAGUAGUAGCUAUAUAUGAAGAUGACGGGUAUGGUGGAGAUUAUGGGAUGCUGGCACUGCUAUCUGAGGCCCUUCAGGAUGUGGGUUCAGGGAUUGAAUACCGCUUAGCUCUUCCACCCAUUUCUUCUCUGCAGGAUCCAGGAGAGCUAGUACAUGAAGAGAUGCUCAAGUUAAAGCACACACAAUCUAGGGUGUUCAUUGUGCUUCAAUCAUCAUUAGAAAUGGCCAUUCAUUUGUUCAAAGAAGCUUCAACAAUGGGGCUUGUGGACAAAGAAUCAGCUUGGAUACUCCCAGAGAGCAUAACUAAUUUGCUGGACUCACUGAAUAAGACAGCAAUUUCCCAUAUGGAAGGAGCUUUAGGAAUCAAGACCUACUACUCCGAAAGAAGCAAGGAGUAUCAAGAUUUUGAGGCUCAGUUCCGGAGGACUUUUGGGUCCAAGAAUCCAGAGGAAGAUAACCGCUAUCCAGGAGUUCAUGCCCUGCAAGCAUAUGACAGCAUCAAAAUUGUCUCACAAGCAGUCAACAGAAUUACCAGUAGAAACAAUACCAGUCCAAAGGCUUUACUAACAGAAAUACAGUCAAGCAAUUUCCUUGGCUUAAGUGGCCAAAUUCAAUUUGAAGCUGGGAAACUUUUGCAGAAUCCUGUCUUCAGGAUAGUGAACGUCGUUGGGAAAAGUUACAAGGAAUUAUGCUUCUGGACUCAACAACAUGGUUUCAACACAAGCCUCCAUAAAGGACAAGGUGGAAAUGGUGCUGCAGGAAAUACAAAUUGUUUCAGGGGUGUACGUUGGCCGGGGAAUUUGGACCGGGAUCCGAAGGGAUGGAACAUGCCUACUGAACAAAAUCCAUUGAGAAUCGCGGUCCGAAGCAGAACCUCAUUUUCCAAGUUUGUCAAGGUUGAGUAUGGUCAGGACCGAACUCCUGUAAAAUAUAGUGGAUUCUGCAUUGAAAUUUUUGAGCAUGUAGUCAAACUUUUGGGGUACCAUUUGCCAUUUAACUACACUCCCAUUGAUGGAACCUAUAACGAUUUGGUCUGGCUUGUCUAUAACAAGACAUAUGAUGCUGUUGUUGGGGACAUGACCAUACUAGAGGAAAGAUUGCAGUAUGUGGAUUUCACGGUGCCAUAUGCAGAAUCCGGAUUGUCAAUGAUAGUUCCAGCAAAGUCAGAAGCAUCAGCAUUGAUGUUUAUGAGGCCCUUUACCUGGGAAUUGUGGAUGGUUACAGGUGCAAUCCUAAUUUAUACCAUGUUAGUAGUUUGGUUGCUUGAGCGAGAACCCAAUCCAGAGUUUCAGGGCAAUUGGAAGCGACAGAUCAGCACAGCUCUUUGGUUUACCUUCUCCUCUCUGUUCUUCGCGCAUAGAGAAAAAAUGCACAGCACCUUAACUCGAGUGGUAAUGGUCUCAUGGCUUUUUCUAGUUUUGAUUCUCAACUCAAGCUACACUGCUAGUCUUUCUUCAUUGCUCACAGUUAAACAACUACAACCAACUGUCACAGACAUUGAGUGGCUUAAGAGGAACAACAUGAAAGUUGGCUGUGAUGGUGACUCAUUUGUCAGAUUGUUCCUAGAGAAAGUAGAAAGAUUCAAGCCAGAGAACAUCAUAAACAUUACUAAUGAGUACAAGUAUGAUGAUGCACUCGCAAACAACAGCAUAGCAGCUGCCUUUCUUGAGCUCCCAUAUGAAAAAGUAUUCAUCAGUGAGUACUGCAAGAGAUACACUGGCUCCACCCCUAGAACAAGAUUCGGAGGAUUAGGCUUUAUGUUCCAAAAAGGCUCGCCGCUCGCCAGAGAUGUUUCUAAAGCUAUAUUGCAUCUCUCAGAAAAAGCAGAGCUAAAGAGACUGGAAGAAAAAUGGUUGAUUACCUCCCAGGAUUGCUCGAACAACAUGACAUCUUCUGACGACAAUACGGAUAGUUUGAAGCUUAGAAGCUUAUGGGUUCUCUUUGUCAUCUCUGCUGCCACUUCCACCAUUUGUCUGCUACUAUCAACUCCCAGGAUGUAUAGCAGAAAGCUCAAUAAUUCAAGGGAGGCACAGGAUGUAACUGAUUGUUCUUCGAGAGCGGAUCAUGAAAGCAUUGCUGAUACCCCGGAGCAUCAACAGGAAACGGCUUCUCUAGUACCUAAAAUCUUAAUGCUACCUUCUCCACCUGAAGAGGUACAGAUGACAACACGUGAUGGAAGACCCUCGGAAUCACAUAGACUUCAAAAUGCUUCCCAUAUCAGACACUUUAGUCACCCAUAUUAGACACUUCAACAUAUGGGAUACAAUACUUCAUGAUUUAUCUACUUGUAUCUCUUCUAUCAUUUGUGUAUAAAUACAUCAGUGUUUUGUUAACUAAUAUAAAUGUUUAAAAUGCUUA